GCUGGUCCCACGUGGUCUUGUUUGGGCCUGCAUGGCCAUUGCCGCGUGUGUGCGGCAGAUAGUAACAAAGCCAAUGCAACAGGGACGAAUUGGCGUGCGCCAUGAGGUUGCAUGGAUGGCUCAGACAUUGCGUGGCUACAGUGCCCCCGUUGCAGCUGCAGAACGACUGACGAGGUCAGGAUUGAAAAGUGACGCCAUCCCUGCUUCAAAUGCUGAACGGAUGGGUUUGGCUGCUUUGGCCACUUCCGCCACUUCAGCUGGAAUUUGCCGCCGACGUGUUGGCAGGCGUUACAACACAGUGGCCACAGCCACUGCAACACUGGAGGCUCCCACAGAGAUCUUGCGCAAAGAUUAUCAGCAGCCGUCCUUUUUUAUUCGAGAAGUGACGCUCACCGUGAGAAUUUUUGAUGGCCGCACGGAGGUUGCCUCCCGAAUGCUCUUGGAGAAGAACACAGGUGGUUCACUGCCACUGGAUGGAGAGGACUUGAAACUCAAGAAAGUCCUUCUAUGUGGGAAAGAACUCAAAGAAGGCGAGGGAUAUACUCUAGAAAAGGAGAAACUGAUCAUUUCAGCCGAUGCUCUCGAAGCAGGUGAUUCAACAGAUCUAUGGCUCGAAACAGAGGUAGAGAUUGAGCCAGAAAAAAACACUCAGCUGUCAGGCCUGUAUUUCAGCGGCAGCAUGUAUUGCACCCAGAUGGAAGCAGAAGGCUUCCGGCGGUUUACCUACUAUUUGGACAGACCUGAUGUCAUGGCAAAGUUUACCUCAGUUCGUCUUGAAGCAGAUGAAUCGAAAUGCCCCAUCCUGUUGAGCAAUGGAAAUCGCAUUGAUUCUGGCAAACUUGAGGAAGGGCGACACUUCGCGGUUUGGUCAGAUCCUUUUGCUAAGCCCUCCUACCUCUUUGCAGUGGUUGCGGGAGAUUUGGCAUCCAUUCAAGACAAGUUCAUCACGAAGUCUGGCAGAGAGGUCCACUUGGAGAUCUUUGCAGCAAAGGAAGACAAAGAUCAGCUCUGGCAUGCCAUGAGGUCUCUGCAAAAUUCCAUGAAGUGGGACGAAGAGCGGUUUGGACUGGAGUACGACUUGGAUAUCUACAACAUUGUCGCCGUGAAGGACUUCAACAUGGGUGCUAUGGAGAACAAAAGCUUGAAUGUCUUCAACACCUCACUGACCUUAGCGCGUGAAGACACUGCAACAGAUGAUGAUUACGAGCGCAUUGAGGGCGUCAUUGGUCACGAGUACUUUCACAACUGGACUGGCAACCGAGUGACUUGCCGUGAUUGGUUCCAGCUGACCUUGAAGGAGGGUCUCACAGUCUACAGAGAUCAGGAGUUCUCUGCUGACAUGGGCUCGAGGGCACGUAAGCGCAUCGAAGAUGUGCGAAUCCUGCGAGCUGCACAAUUCCCAGAGGACAAUGGCCCCAUGUCACAUCCGAUUCGGCCUGAGAAAUAUGCUGCCAUCGACAACUUCUACACUGCUACAGUAUACAACAAGGGCGCUGAAGUCAUUCGCAUGUACGAGACCUUGCUGGGUCGGGAUGGCUUUCGAAAGGGAAUGGACCUCUAUUUCGAGCGCCACGAUGGCAAUGCAGUCACCUGUGAUGACUUUCGAUCUGCGAUGCAGGAUGCGAAUGGUCGAGACCUCUCCCAAUUUGAGCGGUGGUAUCUGCAAGCAGGGACUCCCACUGUGACAGCUACUGAUGCCUGGGAUGCAGAGACUGGCACCUAUUCCUUGACCCUCAAGCAGACAGUCCCAGAUACGCCUGGGCAGAUGGACAAGUUGCCCAUGCAGAUUCCUGUGCGGGUUGGUCUUUUGGACAGGGAGUCCGGCAAGGAGCUGAUGCGUGACACCGUUUUGGAACUUUGUGAGGAGUCGAAGACCUUCGAGCUGAAAUUAGACGAGACCCCAAGCGGGAGGCCAGUACCAUCGCUGCUGCGGGGCUUUUCAGCUCCUGUGAAGCUUGAGUAUGACUACAGCGAUGAAGACCUCUCCUUGCUAGCUGGCUUCGACACUGAUUCCUUCAAUCGAUGGGAGUCGAUGCAGCGGUUGGGAUCGAAGGCUGUCUUGGAUGCCUUCAAGACAGAGGAUAUCGACUCGUUUCAGCCAGAUGCAACCUUCAUGGAUGCUAUGAAACGUAUUGUGCAGGAUAAGGUGACAGAUGAUCUCUCCUUGAUUGCCUACGCUCUGAUCUUGCCCACGGAGUCCACGCUGAUGCAACAGGCGAAGCCGCCCAUUGAUCCUACGCGACUCCAUGAGGCCAGGAAUCGUGUCCGGAAGGUCAUUGCAACGGAGUUAGAGGACGACAUGCGGAAGAGGUAUGAUGAGCUCACGCCCAAGGACGAUGAGAAAUACGUCAUCGAUGGUCCCAGUUCAAGCCAGAGACGACUUCGAAAUGUGCUGCUGGCCUACCUUUGCACUUCAGGUGGAGAUGCAAAAGCUGCAGAGCUUUGCGGAAAACAUUUCAAGACCGCCAAAGGCAUGACAGACAAGCUUGCAGCCUUCAGCUGUUUGUGCAACAUACCAGACUCACAGGAGGCCAAAGAGGCCAUCGAGCAGUUCCUGGCAGAUGCGAACGGUGAUGCCAAUGUCAUCGACAAGUGGUUUGCAUCGCAGGCGAGAGCAGAUGUGGAUGACCUUUUGCCCCGGGUGAAGAAGCUCAUGGAACAUCCCGAGUUCUCUUUGAAGAAUCCAAACCGUUUGCGGUCUGUGGUCAGCGUCUUCAUUUCCUCACCGCAAUUUCACCUGCCUGAUGGCUCCGGCUAUGACUUUGCUCUGGAGAUGAUCCCCAAAGUUGAUGCCCUGAACCCGCAGGUGGCUGCUCGCAUGGCGAACGGCGCCUUCAGGACCUGGCGUCUCUUGGAUGAGAAGCGGCAGAAGAUGAUCUUGGACCGAUUGGCAGACCUGAGCAAGGCUGGCCUGUCCAAGGAUGCCGCAGAGAUUGUGUCAAAGAUGCAAGCAUGAGAUAUCAUGAGACGUAUGGACCCUACAUCAAGUACGGUUUGUACCACUCAAGCUUGAAAUUGCUUUUAACAUGGCUGUAAAAUGCUGCACAUUUCCAGCACCCGCAUCAGACGGGAAGCUCUUGCACGGCAGAAGCUCUAUCUGCCCACUUGGCAGAAUACCAGUUGGCUCGAUUUUCAAGCUCCUGCUAGUUCGGAAAAGGCGUUGUGUGAGAAUGCGAUGUAGCAUGAAAUACAUUUGCAGGCAUGCCCACGCAAUUUUCUGUUGCUCAAGCACCAAACUGGUUGUUUGAACGACAGACACCGGAAUACCCAGAGAUGACUCGGAC